AGAUUGUUGGCCGCUCAGUUGGCCAGCGAAGGUUGUCGGAAAAUGUCGCUUGCAUCGUGGAUCGUAUUCUGUGUCUGUGCAGCGCUUCUGCUGGGACCUACCUCUGCCCAAGAUCCAGCUGUUAACUUAGCGAUUCAAUGGGCCAAGGACACGAGCAUCACCAUACGAAUGGUCAUUGAGGAGAAGCUGCCAAAUACGGCCAGAGCUCAGGCUGAGGGCAUGGAGAUUGCGGACACCUUCGACCUGGGCUUGGGUCACUGCAAUGCCGAGCUGAUCAGCAGUCGGAAUAUUACCCAGCACAAGGUGUGUGUCAAUGCACUGGCAGCGGGUGCCUACGCCUCGCUGGAUCGUGUGGCUGGCCAGCAAUGGGCCAUCUAUGGCGCCAGCUCUGGGGCAUCGCGUAUCGGUUUGUUCUGGUGAUCCACGAAGAGAACUUCAUGAUUUAAUGUUCAAUAAAGCCGAGAGGGUAUCCUUGAAUGGUUUCCGAUAA